CCUGUGCUGAAACUCUGCGCAUGCGCGGAGCGCCCGCGGAAAUUCAAACGCUCGAGCUCAGCUGACAGACGUGGACGUUUGGAAACUCCACAAACUCUGUCACGGUUAUUUUACUAAGGUGAUAAGAUGGAAAAUCAGAAGAGACCGAGAGAUCCACUGGAGGAAAACUCUUCAGCUUCUAGUGAACUUGAAAAUGUGUUGAAGAAAAGGCGGCUGGCAGCAGUGGGAGAGGAGAACCUGGACCCCAAGAAAUCGCCUGCCAGGACACGCUUGCAAUUGGCAGAGCUGGAGGUGAAACCAGACACUCCAGCCAUAACCUCCAUCCACUCCAGAGUCCAGCAACUCAGCCAGAGACGAGAUGGUGGGACUGGGUUAGUCCAGCGCUGCCUGUCUGACCCCGGGUCCGAGGGUUGCACCGACAGCAUGUCCUCGCAGAUCUGUCAUAUCGGUGAGGGAGAGUUUAGCUCUCGCCUGCAGUGCUUCAAAGCUCCGACGCCACUGAACAGCCCCGGUCGCUCCACCCCCUGCACACGCAAUCUCUCCAGCUUUGUGCAUGGCAUGCAACAGCAGCUGAACACUGCAGUGACACCCAGCAGUAAAGAGGCCUCCCGUAUCCGCCAGGCACGUGAGGAUGAGUUGCGUCAAUUGAAGGUUCAGCCAGUGGCAGAAAACAUGUGGUUGAAGAGGAGUCUGUCUGACUCUUCCCUCAUUGAGAGGCCAUCUCCGUCCACAUCCUCUCCCUGGGUUUACAGGCAAAAUCGAAAACCCCAGUGGCCUCCAUUACAGCCCGGGAGUGAAGAGUUAAAGGGAUCUGAAUUCAGCUCUUGUGAGGUUGACAGUAAGGUAUUUGAUGAAAGUCUGAACACCACAUCGCCAUGUUCUGUGGACAUCCGUUUCCCCAAUGAAGAACUUUAUACAUCUAUAGAACCUGGGGCUUUGAGCACUUCCACUCUAAUUGACAAGAUGUUUGAAGACGUCCUGCAGCAUGCAGAUAAGGAAGUUGAAGGUGAAGAUGGAAAUCAGGAAGAGGGGGUGGAGAAAGAUGAGAGCAAUUCAUCAGAGACUGAAAAGGAAGACAAAACCGAAUCGGACACAGUUGAAAAGGAAGACAAACAGGAACCAGUCACAGUCACAUUAAAUGAGUAUCCUCUUGACCAGAGUGAGAUGUGUGAAGAGAGUGAAGAAACUCCUGAUGCCAGUUCUGCAACAGAGAAAGAGAAGGAGCUCCAGUCUGUUGAUGAUGGUGAAGGAGAGACGGAAGAAAAGCAGGAGAGCACCCCCAUGGUUGAUGAGGACUUUCUAACCCUGCCACCCAGCUGUAUCCUCUCUCCUCUCAGCAAAUCUGUGGAGGCUGUUGUCACACCACUGAACAUUGAAAUCACUGUGUCUGAGCCAUCAGUACAGCCGCCCUCACCUGAAGAAAUGACAGCUAGUCCUGCUGACUGCGGUCAACCUUUAUACAGCAUUGACGCCUACCGCUCACAGAGGAAGAUCCAUCCCCCCUCUACUCAGAGCUUGACCCCUGGAGUUCAGAAGCAGGUUCAAGAGAAGACCUGCUCAAAAAAGCCCAUAAACAUCAAGGAGAGAAUUAAGGCUUUAAACGAGGAGGCAGCCAAGUUGCAGACAAUCAUCACGCAGACACUGCAGGCUCUGAGCUGCUGCAGUGACGAGGAACAUGGGAAAGGUUCCCAGCAGGAGGCCGAAGCUGAGAAACUCCUGCUUGUCUCCAGUGAGAAGCGAGCAGCCUUACUGGCUGAGGUCAGCAGGCUGAGAGAGAGUGAGUCUGGUGAGCCAGACUCCCAGAAUGCACCUCUGCAGCCCUGCAGAGGCACAGUCAGCAUCAGCAGCAUCCAGCUGCCCCUCAAAGUGGAGUUUGUGUGCUCUGCUCGCACAGGCCGCCCAACACAAGACAUUCGCUCCAAUUUUGAGAUUGAUGUUGAGGUCUACAGUUUGUCCAGUACUCAGAGUACUACCUGCAGCAUGAAUAUUCAGCAGUUCCGCAGCUCAACAAAGUCAAAGGUGACACCCAAGAAGAUUCUCCACAGCAUCACAAAAUCUAACCAGAGUGUAACAUCUGCUACUCUGCCUGGUCUGAGUGCCCAACGCUCUAGUAACUUCACAUUAGUAGGCUCUCACAAGAUUACCUUGAAUUCAUUGGGACAGAGCAAGUUUCCUCUGGACAAGAUGAAAUUUGAAGGCAAAAUCAGGCGACUCCUUGGGGAUGAGUUUCAGGAAAAGGUUCCCUUCCUCUCUCCUCUAGAGGGCCACAUCUAUCUGCGGCUGCACAGCGAGGGCCACUCCAACGUCCAGCAUCAGGGCUUUUUGACCAUGUUUGAGGAUGUGAGUGGCUUUGGAGCUUGGCAGAGGUUCUACUUCCUUCUGGAAGGAGGACACCUUCUCUACUGGAACUACCCGAAUGAGAUGGGCAAUAAGCCAGCAGAUGGCAGUCUCUCUCUCUUUGGCUUCUGCAGUGUCAGGCCUGUGGAGCGAGAGUGCUGUGCACGGCCACACACCUUUGAAUUAGUAGAGACAAACACCCUCCAGCAAGAACACAGCCAAACCUUGAAGAAGUGCUGGUUUUCAGCAGACACACGAGAAGAGAGGUCUGACUGGAUGGAGAAACUGAAUCAGACCUUAAUUGAUUCUCUAACCUGGAACAGGAAGACUGUCUCCAACGAUAACAGGGCCAGCACGUCCUCUAACUCCGGAAACUCUCGUGAGAGCAUCCUGUAACACAACACAAAUGUGAACCCUCACCAUGUAACACUAAGAAAGGAGAUCUCAGAGAAGAUCAUAUGUGGCACUAAAAAAAGUACAUGAAGAGCUUCUGAGAAUAAACCCGGGGGGCAGCCAAACAGGACUGUUUUAUAUAAUAGUGCAUCACAAUCUACAUAUGUACAUUCUACUACUUUAUUGGAUGCUUGCAUAAUAGUGGCAUAUUUGUUAAGAUUUUUGAUCUAUCAUUGCAUCCUAUAGAUUGUGCUAUUUUUUUUAGAAUGGUUUACCACACUGUAAGGAUAGAUGGAUUUGCCAUUGCCAUUAAUUUUCAGGUAAGCCAUGUAGUCAGAGCAGUCUGGUUUGAAUGCAUGAGGUAAGUAAGUCUCCUAAGUGCCUAUUUGACUGUUUAUUUAUCCCCUGCCUUAUUCUGACAGUUGCUCAUGAUUGAAUGAUCAACUGAAAUGCUUUACCUUUUAAUGCAAUAAUCUGUUUCGGGUUAUGCUUAUGUAUGAGGGUGUCCUUAAUUACAUGAUAUGAACUUUACUGCAUUAGUAGGGAAGCACUGCUUUUUCGGCCUUCGACUAAAGCUUUUUAUGUUUAUAGUUUUUCAUUUACUCUGGGAACAAUUUGUGACUGUCAAACUGCAGUCUUCAUCUAGAAGGGAGAAUCGUUUUUAUUUGAAUGUACAAUGUAUGAAGUACAUCCUGAAUCGUAUAGCUUAUGAUUUUUCUGGGAGGACAGUUUCAUAAUGUAGCUACUUAUGGUUUUAGAAAAAUACUGACGAUUGUUUACUUCAAAAAUGAUUUGGGGAGUACCUGGCCAUGCAUUAUAUCUAGUGAGGUAAGAAGACAAGUCUGGCCAACAUAAACUAAACAACUGAGUUUAUGCUCUAAUCUGAUGGUCGUUUGUUGUUCUUGGGUUAAAAUUUUGAAUGUGCAAGUAUAAGAAUAGCACUACAGAGCUGUCAGUCUGAAAAUGCUGUAUGAUAAUUCAUGCAGGGAGAGAGAGAGAGUAAUGUACAACCUUAUGACUUCUUUGAGAUUUAUUUGAAGCUUCAGUAAGUUAUAUCUGUUUGUCUUGUAAAAGAGUUGCCGCUCUAGAGACUGUGAAACUGAUGGGAAGUGUUUCUGUGCCAUGUUUGUCCCAAGUAUGUGUUUUUGCCAAGGGUCUCAUGCUAUUGCUGUGUUUAACUAUAUAAAACUAUAUGAAAUAUCCUGGUAAAGGUACUAUAAAAUAAAUAUGGCUGUUAAAA